UCUCUCUCUCUCCUCGUUUGCAUGGGCUUCUUGUAAUGAUGACGAUUUUGGCGUUCAUGGGUCAAAGCUAUUUGUAAUUAUUUCCAGAAGAUCAGAAGCUCGUGAUGAGAAUUUUCUUUUGCAGACUACGGCAGGACAGACAGACACCCCGAGAGAGAGAGAGAGAGAGAGGAAUUUACAGUGAGAGGUUCCUUUCCUCAUCAUCUCUCCCCCGCCCACUGUUGCCUUAAAGGUCGACAUUUUCAACGUAGGGAAAUACCAGGAAGAAGCUGGAGAAGGUGAAAGGAAUAAGGAAGUUGAGUUUUUGAGCGUUUUGGAGAGGUCCCCGAUAAGGAGUUUGAUUGAAAGAGAGGAAAGAAAAGCACCCUAGAUUCUCAAAGUUGUGGAAAGCUGAAGUUUUAAGGGGUUUUGAAAGGAACCCAGAAAGUUAAAGCACCAUUUUUAUUGGAUUUUGCUGGGAAGAGAGAAGGAAAGAUAACUCAACAGCUCAAAGGUUGGGGAUUGAGGAAAGAAAAGCGAAGAAGACCCAAAAGUUCAAGAAGUUUAAAGGUUCCUUUUUUUUUUGGAGGAAGGAAGAAAGACGAGAAGAAAUGAGAGGUUGUGGAAGGAAUGGAACUGUUAGACAGUAUAUAAGGUCUAAGGUUCCUCGUUUGAGAUGGACUCCUGAUCUUCAUCACUGCUUUGUUCAUGCCAUUGAAAGGCUCGGAGGCCAAGAAAAAGCCACACCUAAGCUUGUUCUUCAGCUUAUGAAUGUAAGAGGGCUAACCAUUUCACAUGUCAAAAGCCAUCUUCAGAUGUAUAGGAGCAUGAAGAGUGACAUUAACAGACAAGUUUCUUCAGCGGACUUGCAUUCCACCCAACAGAGAAAACAAUUCUUCGAUGAUGAUAACAUUGACAGCGAGGUCGAUGAAGAGAAUGAUGGUUGUUCUUACCAAUCUUCAAAACCCAUUCCGGAUUUCCAAUCUCAAUUCAUCUACUCGCAUCUCCCUCUUAAAAGACCACGAGUUAUCGAGACAAAUUCCAUUUCACAUAGCUUGCAAUGCAACCAAAGGAUAUUUGAAGCACCAGGCUAUAUGAGUGGUAUUCAUGAGGGUUAUAUAGAAGAAAUGGGUGAGUAUAAAGGAAUAGACGAGAGUUGUUUAAGAUGGCAGAAGGAUGGUGGAAAAGCAAGGAUAUUUUCAGAAGAUGUUUUCAAGUUUCAUCCAUACAAAGCAGAAGAAUCUGAAUUUGUCAAGAUUACCGGAUCAAAUGACCCAUUGAUUACUUCAUCAAGGAAGUGCAAGUCUGAGGAGAAACAAGAGUUCAAAUCAUUUCCAUGGAUAUCGUUAGGCGAAGAACACACGAGAAAAGAGGAAGGAGCUGAUGAUCUGUCAUUAUCACUGUCAUUGCAUCCUAGGCAAUGGAUAAACACGUCAUCAAUUAGUGAAAUCAGUGAUGGAUCCUUCCCAUCUUCAAGGAAAGAAUGCUUGGGUAUUUCUAAGGGAAAUGAUAUAAAUUUGGAUCUUUCCAUCUCUCUAUGUGGUUCUUGUGAACAUGUGUAAUCACAUUUUAUUUUCAUUAAAUCCAUCCUUUUGCCUUUGUUCA